AUGAGUGGUCGAGGGAAGACGGGUGGUAAGACUAGAGCUAAGGCCAAGACUCGUUCAUCCCGUGCCGGCCUUCAGUUCCCCGUGGGCCGUGUUCACAGACUGCUACGUAAGGGCAAUUACGCCCACCGUGUGGGAGCUGGUGCUCCUGUCUACUUGGCUGCCGUGCUGGAGUAUCUGACCGCUGAGAUCCUCGAGUUGGCUGGUAACGCCGCCAGAGAUAACAAGAAGUCUCGUAUCAUCCCUCGUCAUCUGCAGUUGGCUGUGCGUAACGACGAGGAGUUGAACAGACUGCUUGGAGGUGUAACCAUCGCUCAGGGCGGUGUGCUGCCUAACAUCCAGGCUGUUCUGUUACCCAAGAAGACCGAGAAAGCAGCCAAGGCCAAAGAGAUCGCUCAGGACUUUAAGACCGAUCUGCGCUUCCAGAGUUCUGCCGUCAUGGCUCUGCAGGAGGCCAGUGAGGCUUACCUGGUCGGCCUGUUCGAGGACACCAACCUGUGCGCCAUCCAUGCCAAGAGGGUGACCAUCAUGCCUAAGGACAUCCAGCUGGCCCGCCGUAUUCGCGGAGAGCGUGCUUAAACAAACCCACUCCAUCCAGUUAU